AUGCGUACUCUUCACUUUAUCCCACUUUCAUUGGCAGCGUUGGCGCUACUUGUGCAAGCUGCACCCAUAGUAGAGCAAGAAAAGAAUCAUGAAGAUCGACUCGCGGGACGUGAUAACGUACAAAUUUACACAACCGGCAAUGAAGCAGCCGAGAAUCAAGGUGCCUUACAAAACCCUCAUGAAGGUGGAGGUACAGAUGUGCUUGGUCAAUUGGUUCAAGGAUUAAACAAGAAUGUCAAACGAGAGGAUGACGACGAUGAUGAUGAGGACGACGACGAUGAUGAAGACGACGACGACGAUGAUGAAGAUGAUGAUGAUGACGACGAAGAUGAUGACGAUGAUGAUGAAGACGAUGAUGAUGGGGAUGAUUUGGAUGACAAGGACGAUGACCCUGAUGGCAAUCCCAACGACGACAAUGACCAGCUCAAGAAAGGUAGUGGUGGUGGAUCUCCUGCACCACUACUUGGACAACAAGCAGAUAGUCUCUUGAAGACCAUAUCCCCCGGUUCACAUGGUUACCACAUUGCUGGUAUUAUCAAGAAGCGAGAAGAAGACGGCGUGACUGAUGGUCCUCAUAUUCAAAAACUCAAGGCACACCAUCACCAGGAUGCUGAUGGUGAAGAUCCAGGAGACGGUAUCCAUGGAGAUGAUGAUGACGACGAUGACGAUGAUGGUGAUGAUGAAGAGGAAGAUUAA